UUACAUGCAGAGACCAGGACGAUUAUCUUCGUUGCGACCUCACGUAGGUGUCUAAAUGUAACUCUAGUAAACAAAUAAUGGUAACCCGUUUAUAUAUGGAGCCUCGCUGCGACGCAUGUACAGCGACACUUUCCCACGUUAACCUCUGACCUCCCUGGUGAUAGUGUUUAGUCAGCGCUCCAGCUUUCCGGGACGAAACCAUGUUUCUGCGCGCUCUGUUUUUCGCUGCUUUGACUCUGUCGUGGAGUCAAACAGAAGCCUCUCUUGGGUCCACGUACACGGCGGCGGUGUACGAGCACCACCCGGUAUUGAACCCGCAGCCUUGGCUCGCGUCCUCCCGCCUGGCUGCUCUCCAGCACGUGAAGAAGAACCUGGAUCUGUACGAGGAGCAGGCGGCUCUGGCGGCCCAGCAGGGAGCACAGAUCCUGGUGUUCCCAGAGGACGGUCUGCAGGGCUUCAACUUCAGCCGCUCGUCCAUCUCCAGCUACCUGGAAAGCAUUCCUGACCCUCAGCAGGAAACCUGGAACCCGUGCACGGAGCCCGGGAGACACGACGGCACUGAGGUGCUGCAGAGGUUGAGCUGCAUGGCUCGACGGAACGGCAUCUACCUGGUGGCCAACAUGGCCGAUGUACAGCCGUGCCCUCUGCCGUCUGACCCCUCCGCUCCCUGUCCUCCCGAUGGCCACUGGCAGUUCAACACGAAUGUGGUCUUCAGGUACACAGUCAAAACUAGUGUGACUCCAAUGAUGUUAGUUCCCUGCCUCUCUUUCUCACGCAGUUCUGAGGGCGUCUUAGUCGCUCGCUACCAUAAGAACAACCUUUACUUUGAGGCGGCCUUCGAUGCGCCGCCGCGGCCCGAGGUCGUCACUUUUGAAACGCCGUUUGCGGGGAAAUUUGGCCUCAUCACGUGUUUCGACAUCCUGUUCGACCAGCCCACGUUAACGUUGCUGGAGCAGGGCGUCCGUCAGCUGAUCUUCCCUGCCGCCUGGAUGAACCAGCUUCCUCUCCUGGACCUGAUCCAGUUCCAGCGAGCGUUCAGCCUCGGAAGCAACAUCACUCUGCUCUCACCCAACAUCCGGAGUGAUGCGCUCCUCAUGACAGGAAGUGGCAUCUACUGGCCGUCCGGCGCCGUCUACCACCACGCUCGGCUCGGGGACCCCGAGGAAGGGAAGCUGCUGGUGGCCUCGGUGCCGGUUCUGGAACCACUCGGGCAAAACACCUCAGAGAUUUACUCGAGUCCGGCCCCUGGCUACUGUCGCAGAGACGGCUGCCCCGCCUCACCGCCGUCCUUCACCUCCACCAUGAUGCACGACCCGUUUAAGUUCGUGCUACUCAGUGACCUGCAGGGAGAACUCGGCGUCUGUGACGGCGCCUUCUGCUGCCACUUGCAGUACACGCUAUCGCCACAAGAGGGCGGUCGAGAGCUAUAUGCGUUGGGUGUCUUCGCGGGAACGCACACAGUCAACGGCAGAUACGCCGUCCAGGAUGGUUCUGGAGCAGCCCGAGAACCUGGAGCGGACAGCAGAAGGCGGCGUGACCAUGAGACACGGCAACAUGUCGGCCGGUCUGGUCACCGCCUGCCUGUACGGACGCCUGUAUCACCUGGACCGGGACGGUCAGGACGACGGCUGAAGAGUAGAGGAAACACCAGUGUAACUCACCCGCCUUCAAACUUUGUGUCUCAGAGUGAGACACAGAAGCUCAGUCAGAGUGAGACAUCAACAGUCUUUGAGUCAGAGUUUAAUAAUGAACCUUCACCUUGAAGUCGAUACAAAAUCUUGAUCACAAGAACUGUGAACUGCAAAUGUCCAGCGGUUGUCAGACUCGAAUGUAAGAAAUUGUUGCUGAUGCAUCAGGUUUAUGCCAACUGGAACCAACCUUGUGCCUUGAACGAGCCUCAGACAUGCUGGACGUUCCAAUAAAAGUAUUAAAACUGCUGACCUGUCAAAAUGAAACACACCGCUCACAUGCACACUUUUGUUCGUACAACCUUCGAUGGCAAAGUGUUUCUAUCUGAGCCUGGAAAACACGAGUCAGCAAAUCUACCACCAUACAGCAAGCUUGACAUUGUGUGAGCAAAACAUUAUUAAACAGAUUGAAUGAAAUCCCAGUUUUAA